UGUAACUUUCUAUGUACCCGGUAAUAUAUAUUAGGAUUUUUUUUUUUUUAGAAUCUCGAAACGUUACUGAAUUUAACACGUCUAGGUUAUUAGAUUUUUUUUAUGGAUCCUUUUUCGGUGUUAGGUUAAGACAACUUGAAGCACUUUAAGGCACUUCUCUGUUAUUGACAGGCGUUUCCUCUUUCACAUUAACCGCAUCGGCAGCCUGACAUUCGAGGACAAAAGAAGGGCGCAUUGCGGCUUCUUGCGCAUGCUUCAGGCACGCCAUCAGGCAACUUUUAAAAGCUGCCUACAUAUCUCCCUCUCGCACACUAGAAUGACAACUCGGAUGUGAGCAGUCUCCUCAAGCCAGACGAGGGGACUGAAGGACGGAACAAUACUGAACAACCCAAGGGAGUGUCUCUGGAGUUAUUCUGUUCAACGGCGAGCGAGAUGGGCCAAACUCGCUCGGUUGUUUCGCCUUCACACGCCACCGCCGCCCCCGGCACAACAUGUAAAGCAGACGAGGCGGUCCGGCGUCCUGAUACACGUAGGCUAAAAUGCGAAAGAAAUCGUCUCACUCUUCGGAUAAACGGGAACCCGAUGAAAAGACAAGCGCUGUCGUGUCUGGGGAGGCGUAAGCGAGACUCAAGCCAGACGCGAGCGGAGCCGAGCUACGGAAGCGAAGCGGGGGAGCCAGCUGCCCGUCACGAACGACGAGAGGGAAAGUUACCCAGGGACGAGGCCGUAUCGGCGGCCGAGGAGCAGCGAUUCGCCGCAGAUUCCUUGUUGGAGGCGCCGACGCCCGCCCGAGAUGUGAGCGGGGAGACGACGGUUGGUCCAACCGAGAAGCCAGUUGGGGGGAGGCGGAGCGCUGAAGUGAACGCUGCGGGCUGCGUGGAGACGAGUACCACGCGGGAGGACAAUGCCUCGGACCCACCGACGAGGGCCAUGGAGUAUCAGCCACUGGGGGAAAACAGCCAUGAUCGUUUAAUGGCACCAUUGGGAGAGUUGAGCCGGGAUGAGUCUAACUCUAAGCGGACUUUAACAAGCUUACAGUCGGGCGAUGGUGUUAAUCAAGUGGCCGGUUCGAUUACAAUGACCCAAAGUGAUUUAAUUAUCGUCCCCAGUCCCCCUGAAGACACAAACUUUGACUCUGACAAGCCCACCCAGAAUCUCCAUUAUCGCGGACCCAUACCAAAACUCAUCAUCACUCGGGACCCCAGUCCCACCCGCUCCGAGGAAUCAUCAACCCGGUUAUGCCUCCGAACCGAUGUUAGCACCGGGUGGGGCUCGGAGCUGCACCCGGACGACGAGUCUCCGUGCUCGGAUAGCGGCUGCGGCGGGUCCCCGGCGCUAUUGCGCUCUCCCAGGAAGCUGUCCAACUCUUCUUCGCUCGGCCUGUCGUCCGCCUCGUCCUUCGAGGAGUCCGAGGACGACUACACGGGCAGCGACAUCGAGUCCAGCUUGUCUCCGGCUAGGUCCCUCUGCAGCCCGGACGACGUCACACCGAAUAAGCCGUGGCAUAAGUUGAAGACCAUGGUGCACUGGUCCCCCUUCGUCGUGUCCUUCAAGAAGCGCUACCCGUGGGUGCAGCUCGCCGGCCAUGCAGGUAACUUCCAGGCCGGCGAGAACGGUCGCCUAUUAAAGCGAUACUGCGAGUGCGAGCAGCAAUGUCUCCAGAAGCUGAUGAAGGACACUCUUCGGCCGUACGUGCCCGGUUAUUACGGGGUGGUGCAAAGAGACGAGCAGGACUACAAUCUGAUGGACGACCUGCUGGCUGAUUUUGAUUCGCCGUCCAUCAUGGAUUGUAAAAUGGGCAGCAGGACCUAUUUGGAGGAGGAGCUGAUGAAAGCGAGAGAGCACCCGCGCUUGCGCAAGGACAUGUACGACAAGAUGGUCGCCGUGGACCCCGGUGCCCCCACCGAACAGGAGAGGGCCCAGCAGGGCGUGCUCAAGCCCAGAUACAUGCAGUGGAGGGAGACGCUCAGCUCCACCGCCACGCUUGGCUUCCGCAUCGAGGGUAUCAAGAAAGCUGAUGGCACCUGCAACACCAAUUUUAAGACCACCAAACUCAAGGAGCAAGUGAUGCGGGCCCUGGAGGACUUUGUUGACGGAAACACUGAGACUCUGAACUUGUACCUGCAACGCUUAGAGGAGCUGCGGACCGUGCUGGAGCAGUCACAUUUCUUCAAGACGCAUGAGGUGGUGGGCAGCUCUCUACUGUUUGUACACGAUGCUUCGGGGAAGGCCCGCGUGUGGAUGAUUGACUUCGGCAAGACGGUACCUCUGCCCGCCCACAGGACCUUGGACCACCGGACCCCUUGGGUAGAGGGCAACCAGGAGGACGGCUAUAUGUGGGGGCUGGACAACCUCAUAGAUAUCUUUGGCUCCAUGCUGCCGCAGGUGUCCUGAGCUGGAGAACCUCAAGACCUCUCAAUGAUAAAACUGGAAGAAGUGCUGAUUGCGGACUGAAGCCACUUAAGCAAGAUAGGACUUUAAUGGCUAAGUGGAUUGCAGCCUUGUUCAUGUUGUCGGCGCCUUUGGAGACAACAUCACAGCCUCCACUGGGGUUAUUUUGCCUCCUUUCACGGUUUGCAAAUAAAGACACAGCAACACUAAAACACUGAUUAUUGAACCAUGUCAAUGACAAGUGUAAAUGCAAAUUUAAUUUUCCUGCCUUUUAUAAAACCCUUUGUACAAUUUUUCUAUGGGUAACUUUUUAAAAGAAAGAUCAUUCAUGCUAAUUUUCUUCUACCUUGAACCCUCUUAACAGAA